GGUUCUCAGUUGCGCGCCAAAUAUCAUCGUGACAGAUUGUCGCGCGCGCGAUCGCUCGCUCAGGUAUUACGGAUUAAUCGCGUGUUUUCACUCCCGUUCUACACGUCACCUCAAAACUGCACACGUUUCGUUCAUCUUUUACGUAAAAUAUGGAAUUGCCGACAGCGGACGCGUCACAUCCAAAGGCUAUAAGAAUGGCAGGUUCGCCAAAGUUAGAAGACGAAACCAAAUCGGAAACCAGCGAUGAGCUGGUUCCGUUCUUCAGUGUUCUGGACAUCUUAUUACUCGGCAGUCUCUUUGCGGUGGCGAUAUGGUAUAUCCUGAAAAAAACUAGGCGUGAGGAGCCCAUACCAUCGCCGAAAUCUUACUCUAUUCAACCCACGUCAUUUGUCAUAACACCAUCAUCGGAGAACUCAUUCAUCAAGAAACUAAAGACCUCCGGGCGAAGCUUAGUUGUGUUUUAUGGAAGUCAGACAGGCACUGCCGAAGAAUUCGCGGGUCGUCUCGCUAAAGAGGGAAUUAGAUAUAAAAUGAAGGGCAUGGUAGCCGAUCCCGAGGAGUGUGAUAUGGAAGAGCUAGUACAUCUGAAAACUAUUCCAAACAGUUUAGCAGUGUUUUGUUUGGCCACGUAUGGAGAAGGUGACCCUACUGACAACGCGAUGGAAUUUGUUGAUUGGCUCAAGAAUGGAGACACUGACCUUACAGGAUUAAAUUAUGCGGUAUUUGCACUUGGUAAUAAGACUUACGAGCAUUAUAAUGAAGUUGGCAUAUACGUGGAUCACAGAUUAGAACAAUUGGGUGCUACACGCGUUUUUGAAUUAGGUCUUGGAGAUGAUGAUGCCAACAUAGAAGAUGAUUUUAUUACGUGGAAAGACAAGUUUUGGCCGACCGUCUGCGAAUUCUUUGGCAUUGAAGGUGCUGGCGAGGAUGUUAGUAUCCGACAAUACAAGCUCACGGAACACGUAGAUCUACCUGCCGAUCGUAUUUAUACUGGAGAGAUUGCUCGUCUUCACUCUUUCACAAAUCAGAGACCACCUUACGACGCGAAGAAUCCAUUCUUAGCACCGGUAAAAGUGAACCGCGAGCUACAUGGCCCGACAUCCGAAAGAUCGUGUAUGCAUAUCGAGUUUGAUAUCACAGAUUCCAAAAUACGUUAUGAGGCGGGCGAUCAUUUGGCCGUCUAUCCGGUGAACAAUGCGGAACUGGUGAAUAAAAUCGGUGAACAAUGCGGCGCAAGCUUGGAUACCGUAUUUACUCUUACAAAUACAGAUGAGGAAUCCACGAAGAAACAUCCGUUCCCUUGUCCUUGCAGCUAUAGAACUGCCUUGACGCAUUAUUUGGAUAUUACGAGCAACCCGCGAACGCACGUUCUCAAAGAAUUGGCCGAGUAUGCGACCGAUCCUGCGGACAAGGAAAAAUUAAAGCUAAUGGCACUAACUACUGCAGAGGGCAAAGCGGCCUAUCAGCAAUGGAUAGUUCAAGAGAAUCGCAAUAUUGUGCACAUUUUAGAAGAUAUUUCCAGUUUGAAGCCACCGCUGGAUCACCUCUGCGAGAUUUUACCGCGAUUACAAUGUCGAUACUACUCAAUAUCCUCGUCUCCGAAGCUUCAUCCGACUUCGAUUCAUAUCACGGCGGUAGUAGUGGAGUACAAAACCCCAACUGGCAGGAUCAACAAGGGCGUGACAACUAAUUGGUUAAAGGAAAAACAUCCUUCCGAUCCACCCUGUUUCGUUCCGAUCUUCGUAAGGAAGUCUCAGUUUCGUUUACCGAUGCGUUUAAUUACUCCCAUCAUCAUGAUUGGUCCAGGAACUGGUUUAGCGCCCUUCAGAGGCUUCAUACAGGAACGUGAUCUCGCGAGAAAAGAAGGUAAAGAGGUGGGCGAUACAAUACUGUACUUUGGAUGCAGAAAAAGCCAAGAAGAUUUUCUUUAUCGUGAGGAGUUGGAACAGUACGUAAAGGACGGCACUUUAACGUUGCACACCGCGUUCAGCCGCGAGCAAGAGCAUAAAGUCUAUGUCACUCAUUUGCUUGAGAACAACAAGGAGGAACUUUGGCGCGUCAUCGGUGAACAGAAUGGACAUAUUUAUGUUUGCGGGUUGGUUCAAUGCUCUUACUUCUCUAUAAGAGUAAAAAAAAAUUCAAGGUCUUACAAUAGGCAAAAUAUGUGUAUUUCUUUCAGAGAUGCUAGAAACAUGGCUCGUGAUGUACACAAUAUACUGCUCAAGGUUGUAAUGGAUCGAGGCAACAUGUCUGAACUCGAUGCCGCUAAUUAUAUCAAGAAGAUGGAUUCGCAAAAGCGAUACUCGAGUGAUGUCUGGAGUUGAGCUAUAUUAAUUGUAUCAUAGAGAAGUAUAGAAAAAUAUAUUUCAUGUAUGAGGACUUUUAAGUCCACCAAGGUUCGAUUCCUCGAAAUAUCAAGACGGUCGUUAAUAAGGACAUGAUUUAUCAAAUAGCUUGCCGUUCGAUUUAUUUUUUUUUUUUUAGUAAUAUUCAUUUUUUAUCUCGCAAUUUUUUUACUCCCAUCAUCACGUCCUACCGAAUAAUUGUAGAGUUCUAUUUUAGGCCCUUAUUUAAUCAGAGUUGGCACAGAGUUUUCCUUAAAAUUUAUAUAGAACGUGUUGUAAUAUUUUCUUUGAUAUUUCAUUUCAUUUCAUCUAUUUCUGACAUUGUAUGUAUAUUUCAAUUAUUUUAUUACAAUUAUUUUUGUUAAUUAUGUAAAAUUUAGGAAAAACGAUCUCACAGGUUUCUCAUCGGUUUUGAUACAUAUUAUCAAUAGUACGGUUUUGAUAAUAUAUAUCAAGGCCAUUGAAAUCUAUGAAGUUGUUCCUAAACUACAUAAUUAUCUUAUUUUUAUUAAAUGUAUGAGGUUAUUUAAAUAGAUUAUAUAUUUCAUAUUUUAAAUAAGCCAAGAUAUAAAGAUAUAGCUCGUUUUUUCUUGUGUGUAAAUAAUUGGUAAACAAUCCUUGAAUUUGUGUUAUUUGGAAAAGGAAGUGUUAUAUAUUAGUCCUGAUAUCAUGAUGCUAACUCAUGCUAAUUGUACAAAUAAUAUCGUUAAAAUUUUACUUCUAUUCAUAGUAUACAUACUCCUAUUCGCCCACGAUCGCUUCUCCAGUAUAAUGUACUACAAUCUAGUUAAAUAUUAAAUCUUAUAAGUAUAAUAGGCAAUAUAUAUAGCAAAUAUAUCAUUUUUUAUAAAAUCAAUAUAGUAAAUAUAUAUAUAUAUAAGAUUAUUAUUGCCUAUUAUGCAAGAAGCAAUUGUUGAAUCUUAUGAGAAGUUUCACAAAUAUUUUAGUUAGUAAUAAUUACAUUUUCUUAGACACAACCUUUAAAUUACAUUCUUGAGUUCAUUAUUGAUCCAUAUAUUGAUAAUAUGUUGCUGUAGAUAAGAUUAGCAUAUAUUACAUGAAAAUUUAAUAUAAAUUUUUAAUCAAGUUUUUCAUGCAAAUAUAUAGAUUACAGAUUUAUUCUAUCAUAAAGAUAUUAUUUUACUUCAGAAUAUGUAAAAUAAUACUCUACAGUAAGUGUGUAUGUGGAUCAAUUUUAUCAAUUAUUCCAUUACACAAUUGUGACAUCAUGCAAUAUACAAAUCAAGUAAAGGUACUGUGUUCUAAUUACAAUUAGCAUUAAUGGUGUUAAUUUAGAUUUUUCUAUCUUUAGUGCAAUUCUACUAAAAUUGAUCAAUUGAAUUUGCAACUAUGAUUGAUAUGGUUGAUAUACUGAUAACAAAUGUAAUGAUUUAGACAAACAAUUGUUAAUAAAUCUUAAGACAAUCAUUAUUUA